GGUCAGUCUACAGCAACAACAACAGCUAAGGAAGGAACACAAAAAGUCAAAUAGAUCGGAGAGCACAAGAGGAAGAGAAUCGAAAAUGGCGGCGACUAGCUUGCUGGGUCGGCUGAGGAAGGCGGUGGAGAAGCUGAAAUUUGUGAUGAAGUUCAACAUCCAAAGCUGGCGUUUGGCGGCGAUGUUGGGGAGGACUUCGUCGAGAAACCUCCGGCUUAGCUUCAAUGAAAGCCCGGGGUUGAAGGUCUGUAAAGAGGAUAUUAUAGAGUCGUCUGAACACUCGAAUUCUUCAUCUCGAAGAGGACUACAAAGGACGCCAAGCUAUGCUUCUGAAGACGAUGUGGACAAGCGAGCGGAGGCUUUUAUAGCGAAUUUCUAUCGCCAGCUUAGGAUCGAGCGCCAGGUUUCGCUUGAGCUUCGAUACUGCCGUGGGAGUAGCUCUAAGCAGCUUAUAGUUUCUCCUUGAUUUCGUCGUGAAUAUCGAGUAAGCUUUUCAAUUAAUGGAGUCUCUUUGAUAUUUUUUUGGUUUUUCAAAAGGAUCUCCGAUUUGGGAUUCAUUAUCGACCGUUCCUUUGGUUGAUGAUGCGAUUCGAUUCGAUUUGAUUCAAUUCAAUCCAAUAGUUUGGCUACGAGGAAGAAGUAGAAAACCCAUUUGAUUUGGUUGGAUGAGAAUUUGAAGGCAAUGGUGGGGAUAUAAGGAAUUUGAUUUUUCAAUUUUCAACAAUGUUUUUAUUUAUUGGUGAAUAAUGUCCAUGAAUAAUGAAAGAAUGCAAUUAUUAGUUUAUUA